AUGCCAGCAGAGCCACGCCUUCUUUCCUGCACACACCUCAUUCUUCGUCCAUGGAAAACGCUUGACACUGUGAUCAACCUGGAUGGCCCCGACUAUGACGAGCGCAUCGCGGAUGGAGAAGCGCCGCCCCGAUGGGUCUCGGAUCAUCCUGAACUUAAGAACGAUGACAUGGUCUUCCGGUUUCACAGACGAAAGCAUCGAGUCUUUCUCUUCGAACACAUACAUUCAGGGUGCUGUUAUUAUGUCAAGCUCCCCCGAGACAGCAUUGUAUCUCGGGAAGCAGAUAUCUACGAAUACUUACAACAAGAUCCCGCCUCCUCCAACUACAUCCUGCCAUGCGUCAAGCUCGUUGGUGAGAAGCCCUUCCUCGUUACUCCAGAGGCCGGCAACUGGGAGUAUUGGUCGUAUCGAAAGCGACCGUUGAGCCAUUAUUUGACGGCCCUUUCCCGCAUAAUCAAGAUUAUUGCGUAUUUGCACAGCCGUCAUGUCGUUCAUCUGGAUCUCUCGGAUUCCAAUAUGGUGUGGGCCCCCGAGACGAACACCUUCUUCGGGAAGGAAGUCAAGGCAGAAUAUCCGUACCCGAUAGACUUCGAGUUCUCGCAGCGGUUGGAGUUGGGUCCGGGCGUCCAGCCUGCCAUCGAACUUCCGCCCUCGGCCAUUAAGAAACCGAGGGGAAUCACACAUCUCGACCCUUACUCAUGGGAUGUUUACUGCCUAGGAUGGCUCCUCCAAUGGACGAUUUCAUCGAGAUACCUUCACCAUACUCCACCCUGGUUGUUAAGACGCUACGUGCAAUGGAUCAUCGGCGAAGAGCGCGGGUGCGCAGGCGUUUGUCGUUGUCGCCCGACCGCGAGACAAGCGCACCAAGUGCUGACGCUCAUGCGUAUAUGCGUUGGAGUUUACGAAUCCGUCGGUUCAUUCUGGACCUCCUUCGGCGGAGUAUGGGGUCGGCUGUUCUAUCGACGGUGGUGGUCGCUGAAUGCCAAGGUGUAG